AUGAGUUAUAGAGCCAAUGACUUUCCAAACGCCCCAAAUCCUGAUAACUUUUAUCAGGAUGAGGCUUUUGGAUACCGUGAUGACAUGACCCCUCUCUUUAGCGACAAGCUGUUUCCCUCCCAAGGCUCCCCAGAAGACCCCGAGAUAGAUUUCGCCCUUCCUGAUCCUCAGGGAGCGGAGUUUCAGUUUAUUCAGAACACUGAAGUGCCGUACAGCCAGAGUGUAGGCGAGACACUGGAAAGCGUUGCCGGAAAGGACAAGAAGAACAUGACGAAACGCAACCGUGCUUCAGGAGAGAUCCUAGAGUAUCUUAUUGCCGAGUUUGCGAAAAAUCCCAGUCCGAGUAACGUUGUGAGGAAAGCUAUUUCUACAAAGACGGGUAUGAACGAGCGAUCAGUGCGGAUUUGGUUCCAGAACAGACGCGCAAAGACUAAGAAGAUGGAGAAACUCAACGGCACUGGUGAAGUUUCUCAGCACGGGUCAUUUAGUGGAGCUGGCUCUGCUAACAACUGGCCAGACGAGGCAUUUGCCAGAAGAGCGAACUCGGUUCCAGGAAGCGCAGCUGCAGUUGCUGCGGAAAGGCUGCCUAUCGAGAUCAACGAGAAGUACUGCUUCGUGGCUUGCAAUUCAUUGUCCGUUGGAACGUGGCAAAGGCUCAAAUCUGGCUAUUUGAACGAUGCAGCGCUAAAAGACCUGCACAAUCUUUCACCAAGAGUGCUCAACACGCUCAUGAUGACCACAGACUUGUUGAUCAUCCUCUCCCGCAAGGACAACGAAUUGAACUACUUUUUCUCAGGAGUUUUUCAAAACGAGAAAGUGCUUUUCCGGAUAUAUUUUCCAUUACUGAGUAUUGUCAGUUGUGUCCUGCUGAACAAUCAGCGGCCGCAAAUACGUGAGGACGAUAUCAAUCCACUGGAUGCCCAGCUGAGACUCGAGGUGAACCGACCACCGCGGUUUGCCGUUCAUUUCUUCAAAGACCCAAACUCCUCUGAAGAGAACCCCAACCAAUGGUCUAUCUGCGAGGACUUCAGCGAGGGCCAACAAGUGGUGAGCGCCCACGUGGGUGAAGGCGGAAAAGGAAUCCCGCACAUGCUAAGUGGAUCACUGGGAUAUCUACGUUUUCUGAAUAAUGCGAUUCUCGCAUUCCACGAGCAUGCAGCUGCGCAAGUUUCAGUUCCAAAAGACCAGGGAGGCCAGGGUGAACCAGGGAUGCUGACUGACCAGGACACGGAUUUGACGAAUCUGGAUGCGGCCGUUAUGGGAGGAAACAACCCAUUCAUGACUCCGGUGGACUUUUCCACCGUAGGAAGUUUAGCUGGCUUUGGAAAUCAAUUCCCUGAUCCGGAGGCAAAAGCAGAUAUGGCGUUUUUCGAAGCUGCGGAGGAAGAAAGAAACGCACCAGAUGUCGACCUCGGUCUUGAUGCCGACCCACUUUACGAGUUUAACGGAACCCCGAAGACGUAUUUGAUUUAG